AACUCGUGCGAUGGAGAGAGCGCCUGUACACAGGUCCGCACUCUAUUCCCGAUUUGCCCAUACUCCUCCGCUCUAUCUACGUAUUAAUCCCACUCAGUAUCCCGUAAUUUCGACCCUUGUGCAAGGGCAAUUCUCAGUCCUUGUCGUUUUCCUGGGGCGAGCUGGGAUGAAGUUUCACGUGUCGCCCUUUCAUCCGUCCUCCGCUCUCUGUAGGAACUCCAAAAUUAAACAAAAUUGUUAGUAGAAAUUCGUAUGAAGAAAGAAGCAGGUCCAGUAGAACUAGAGAGAGAGAGAGAGAGAGAGAGAGAGAGAGAGAGAUGAGGUGGUCUCACUGCUCUGAAAUGUCGUGAGAGCUUUGAGCUCUAUCAGUUCUCCCAGAGCAAUGGCAAUUGGAGGUGUAAUUUCGAAUCGAAAUUUUGGUUCUUUUAUCGGUUCAGGAAAAGGAUCUCAAACAGGAAAAGCCAUUGCAUGUUACAGACAAGAGUGCUUGGUUACUGCUCUUGCGCGAUCUGGGCAUGGCAAAAUGUUCUACAGAAAUACAUAUGUUUUAAAGGAAAGUCGUUCUAUGUCUAGAUAUUCAUAUUGCCCGUUUCUUCGCAUUAUUGACCCUUCAGGUGGGAAGACUCUGAAACCGAUAGCACGUGGUCAGGGGGAGAAUUUUCUUUCAUUUCCCCAGCAAUUUAAGGGGAAGUUUCAGAGCAUCUGCCCUAGGAAAAAAACAAAUGGAAUAUGUGAAUGCUGUGUUUCUCCAGAUAUCCAUUAUCAUACUUCGGUUCAAACUCGAACUGUGAAUAAGCUUGGUAUCAACACUGACCAAUGUCUGCAGCCUGAGCGUGUUAAGAUAAGGACUCGUGUUGACUAUAAAUCUGAAGACUAUGAUGUAACAGAAGUUGACCCAUCAAAAUCCUCAGAGGGACUCGGUGAAGUUGUUUUAGUAGAAGGUAGUUUGCAGAAAGCGUCUCCUUGGUGGGAGCAGUUUCCGAAGCGCUGGGUGAUUGUACUCCUUUGUUUUACAGCAUUUCUCUUAUGCAAUAUGGACCGCGUGAAUAUGAGUAUUGCAAUACUUCCAAUGUCGAAGCAGUUUAACUGGAACAGUGCAACAGUUGGCCUUAUUCAAUCUUCUUUUUUCUGGGGCUAUUUACUUACUCAGAUUCUUGGAGGCAUAUGGGCAGAUAAAGUUGGUGGAAAGCUUGUACUUGGUUUUGGUGUAGUCUGGUGGUCGAUUGCAACAGUUUUGACACCUAUUGCUGCAGGGGUUGGGCUUCCUUUCUUACUUGUCAUGCGUGCUUUUAUGGGGAUUGGUGAGGGUGUUGCCAUGCCUGCUAUGAAUAACAUAAUCUCUAAGUGGAUUCCUGUGUCAGAGAGAAGCAGAUCUCUUGCAUUAGUUUACAGCGGCAUGUAUCUUGGCUCUGUCACAGGGUUGGCUUUCUCUCCCAUUCUAAUCCACAACUUCGGAUGGCCAUCUGUAUUCUACUCAUUUGGAUCCCUUGGGAGUAUUUGGUUUGCAUUAUGGCUGAGCAAAGCACAUAGCUCACCGAAAGAAGAUCCAGAGCUUACUGCAGAAGAAAAGCAGUUAAUCUUGGGAAGCAGCAUAUCAAAGGAACCUGUUUCAGUCAUUCCAUGGAAACUAAUUUUAUCUAAACCACCUGUUUGGGCUCUCAUAAUUUCCCACUUCUGCCAUAAUUGGGGAACUUUUAUUCUUCUCACCUGGAUGCCUACAUACUAUAAUCAGGUGUUGAAGUUCAACCUCACCGAAUCUGGACUUCUUUGUGUCUUACCGUGGUUGACUAUGGCUGUUUUUGCAAACAUUGGAGGGUGGAUUGCAGAUACACUUGUGAGCAAAGGACUUUCCAUAACAGCAGUUCGGAAGAUCAUGCAAUCAAUUGGGUUUUUGGGCCCAGCCUUCUUUCUUACGCAGCUGAGCCGUGUCAGGACACCUGCCUUAGCAGUGCUGUGUAUGGCAUGUAGCCAGGGAUCAGAUGCAUUCUCACAGUCUGGUCUCUACUCUAAUCACCAAGACAUUGGGCCAAGAUAUGCUGGUGUACUACUGGGAUUGUCAAACACAGCUGGGGUGCUUGCUGGUGUACUUGGGACAGCUGCAACUGGAUACAUACUCCAACGAGGUUCUUGGGAUGAUGUGUUUAAGGUGGCUGUUGCAUUGUACAUCAUUGGCACAUUAGUUUGGAACUUCUUUUCAACUGGAGAGAAAAUUAUCGAGUAGAGAAAAUGCAGGAAGCAGGGAAUUAAACCUGUAAGCUACAUAACCAUAGAUGAUCAAGUAUAAAGAAGGGGAAGCAAACUGCAACCGGUUAUGCGAAUCAAUGUGAGCAGCACACACAAGGGUAAAACCCCUCUCAAUGAAAAAAGCUAAAAUGCCUACAUUUCAAAGCCUGUUUUACCACGCUUUGCAUCCUACAGAGUUGCACCAAUUACCUGGCAGGUUGGCCUGAGUGGCCUUUUUAAAUGUUAUCAAUUUUCUCUUUUCUUUUGAAUUGCAUGCUAUAAUAAAUUAGAUAAUUUGUGGGUAAUUUGCAUCCACAUGAACAUUUUUUGGGCAAUACAAUUCUUGUAGCGAUGUGGAAAUCUAUUGAAAAAUCUCUGUAAAAUA